UUCAGGGCAUAAUUCAAGGUAUUUGUAAUUCACCUCACCAGUAGGUCACCGAGUUGGCAUUAUUAAAUAUUAAGAAGAGGAGGUUUUAAACGCUGCCCUCGUUAUCAAUGCAAAUGCCUCUUUUGUGUGCUGCCGUAGCUCCAGACUGCAGGCUGUGAGAUGAAUGUUAAAUUUUUCGUCUCUCCACAAAUAUUGACAAAGCUUCCGUAAGGGAGAAAAACCUAUGAAACUGACAAGUCCUCGUAUGUGGGAGUAAGAGCUGGGAGGUGCCGGUGGCCAUGGACCCAGAUGUGUUCUCAUCCAGUGAUGCCCCCCUCACCAUUAAUGAACAGGAGAUGUUUUUUUCAGCCAUUAGUUUCCUGCCCAUUGAAAUUCCCUACCAGAGAUGAGCAGGUGAUUGUGAUGCCUGACCAGGAGACAAUCCGUGUGCUUGAGGUGGGGGUGGACGCACCCCUCCCUUCUUCGGAUUCCAUUGGGAUCCCUGAGCCACUGGGAGAAGACUGCCCCAGGGCGGAGCCUGCUGAAGAGGGAGAUCAGGACAUGAACCCAACAAACCCAAGCAGCAUCCAGACUGCAGGUGCAGAAGUGGCUGUAGAAGUGCUGGCUCCAGUGCUGCAGACAGUGGCCUCUUCAGCCUCAAACGACAUGGCCAUGUCCCAAUCCCAAGCAGCAGUGCCUGUUACAGUGCAGGCCAGCCAACAGAUUAUGGCUCAGGACAGCCUGAGCGCGCUGCUGACAGGGCUGGUGGCCCCGCCCGGGUCUGUGGGACAGCCGCUGCUCCUCCCCCUCAGCGUGGGGGGGUCUGUCGGGGGCCAGGGGGGGCUGGCCGUGUUCACCGUGGCAGCCCUCCCAGGCCUCACCUCGGGUACCCCGUUAGGGAGCAUCCUGAAACUGCCCUUCGCCGGCCUGCAGGCUGCCGCUGUGUUGAACACGGUCCAACCCCAGCUCCACACAGUUGCGCAGACAGCUGUCCAGCCUGCACUCCACACAGCUCCGCAGACGGUCCUCCAGCCUCAAAUCAUGCAGACAACUGCACAGACAGUCCUACAGCCUCAAAUCAUGCAGACAACUGCACAGACAGUCCUCCAACCUCAGAUGUUGCAGACAACUGCACAGACAGUCCUACAGCCUCAGAUGUUGCAGACAACUGCACAGACAGUCCUACAGCCUCAGAUGUUGCAGCCGUCUGCGCAGAUGGUCCUACGGCCUCAAACAGAGCAGACAGCCGUGCAGAUGCUGGCUGCCUCAGCUGCUCAAGCUGUAGAUAAGGCAUUUGAACCAACUUCAUCGGUGGCAACGCUGCAGACAGCUGGGCUGUCCAUAAACCCUACCAUUAUCAGCACGGCGCCUUUGGGGGCACAGCCCCAGUUCAUCAGCUCCCUGACCACCACGCCCAUCUUCACCAGCGCCCUCUCGGGCGUGGCGGGGCUCACGAGCCAGAUCAUCACGAACGCGCAGGGUCAGGUCAUCGGCAGUUUGCCCUUCCUGGUGAAUCCCGUCUCCCUGACAGGGGACCCGUCUGCUCCGGGUCUACAGCUCCAAAGUGUCACACCCCAGUUGGUCCUAAACGCCCAGGGUCAGAUCAUCAGUAUCGGCAAUGGAGUGGCCACCACGACCGCCUCUGCUUAUCCCAUGCCCACCAUGCAAACAGCACCUGCUAAGUCCAACACACAGGGUCUGGGUACGACGGGUGUGAAGGUGCCCCAGUCCACUGUGGUCAUUGACCCUCAGCUCUCUGCUGUGAAGACGGUCACGUGCCUCUCCUCCCCUGUCUCUCUCAACCCGGUGGAUUCUCCCACUGUGGGCCAGCUUGUCAGCAAACCCCAACAUGGAGUCGCUGAGGAAGAUGGUAUUAACCUGGACGAAAUUAGAGAAUUUGCCAAGAGCUUCAAGAUACGCAGGCUUUCCCUGGGGCUGACGCAGACGCAAGUAGGCCAGGCACUCACUGCUACAGAGGGUCCCGCUUACAGCCAGUCUGCCAUCUGUAGGUUUGAGAAGCUGGACAUCACGCCCAAGAGCGCGCAGAAGCUGAAGCCCGUGCUGGAGAAGUGGCUGGCAGAGGCGGAGCUGUGGAACCAGAAGGGGCAGCAGAACCUGAUGGAGUUCGUGGGCGGAGAGGCCUCCAAGAAGCGCAAGCGACGCACCAGCUUCACCCCGCAGGCCAUCGAGGUGCUCAACACCUACUUCGAGAAGAAUGCCCUCCCCACGGGCCAGGAGAUCACCGAGAUCGCCAAGGGGCUCAACUACGAGCGCGAGGUGGUCCGCGUCUGGUUCUGCAACAGGCGGCAGACGCUGAAGAACACCAGCAAGCUGAGUGUCUUCAUGGUGCAGUAAUCUGACCUGGGUCAAGUUAUCAUUCCAAAUACUUUAAGCCUUUUGACACUCAUAAAAUGAUUUAACGUUGCUGAGAAUUUUAAAUGAAAUGUCUGUCUUCACCAGUUUAACCCCUUAAAUCUGUGGGUUUUUUUUGCAUUCAUUUUUAUUUUAUUCACAGUGAAAUUUUCAAUCACUAUGGUAGCAGGAUACACCAUUUGAAAGUGUUAACUUGCAUUUCUAUCUCUAUAACCUAAUUUAAGAUGCCAUUGCUUUAGUGAUAACGGUUCCUUAUUUUGUAACGUGGGUGGCAAAACAAGCAUGGGGGGAUGUUCUCUGCAUCUUGGAAAUCCAUAGAUUACAUGAAUACAAAAUAUGACCGAUUGUUAAUUUACUGUUAUUCUUAUUUAAGCAAGCUCAUGUGUUAAUUUUGUCCCCCCCACACAGAAAGUAUGCUAGAGGUAUGCUGAAAGAUAUGAUGUGUGGGUUCAGGAGCAGGUCUGUUCACCUGCCUUUGCUCACAUUGGUCAGCUUGCUCAUCAUAGCCUGGCUCUGAUUGGUUGAAAAAGUUCUCACUGGUAUGGCAAAGUGUCAUUCUUCUGAGGUGUGCAUUCCCCUGUAAGGGUUUUCAGGGGUAUGGAUCAGUGCUUAAUUUGUAAUUUGCAGUUUGUUGUGUCAGUAGCAUGUGAAUCAUGGGUGUAUCUUUCCUACUGUAUAAGCAGAACAAUUUCCUUCUGGAUGUUCUGGGUGAAGAGUGGUGGAUAUUUAUAUAAUGGUUUUAUUUCUUAUUUUGUCAUAUCAGGACCCAAUGGGGAAGCGCUCAGCGGGGAGACGGAGUGCGGCAGUAUAGUUAUUAUAUAAUUGAAUAGCCUCCCUUUACCACCAGCCCCCCUUUACCACCAGGCCCAGUCUUUAAUAACAGACAUUUUCCCACUAACAUUUAGUGCAGUAAUCAAAUAGAUAGUGAAGCAUUUGGUUUCUAUAUGCAAUUAUACUGUUAAUAUGUGAACGUCUCUGAGACAUUUAGAAACUUUGCAAUGCCCAAAAUGAAAAGGAAAGGCGAUUAUGUAGUUUUUAGAUUUAAUUUAAUGUAAAAUUUCAUUUUCACUAACUACACAGUUCCACGUUGCUAGCAUACAUUUUUAUUAGGUAUUUUAAGCAUCAUUUAACAAUGAUAGAUAUAAAACAUGGUAAUGUUUAUUUUCAAGAAUAUAUGUUGUGUAUUUUUAAUUUCAAUAUUAAAGAUACAAGGGGUUAAAUAAAUACCCAAACACAUUUUUCUGAAAACGUAUUUUUUGACUGACAAUUUAUUCUAUUGUAAAGGGAUACAGUGUGUUAUUAAUUGAAAAUGGGCAGGUUAAUAUAUAAAUACUGUAUUUAUUGGAUUGUUCCAUUUUAACUGAGGUUCUACUGGUUCAAUGUGUCUCAUAAAUAUUGGUUGGUAAAAUUAAUGACAAACGACAUUAGGAGGGAACUGAUUUUGAUUUUGGUAAUAUUUGUUGGAGGUCCAUCUCUGUUAAUAAAACAUGGCAGACAUUAAAA